GCUUCUGCGCAGGCGCGCGCUGCCCGUCUCCUCAGAGGAGACCGACGGAUUGAGGCGCUUCGCCGUCGCGGCCGACCGGAGCGGACGGAGUCUCGCCCAGACGCAGCGCCAUGUUCCGGCGGAAACUGUCCGCGCUCGACUACCACAACCCGGCCGGGUUCAACUGCCGAGAUGAAACCGAAUUUCGAAACUUUAUCGUCUGGCUCGAAGACCAGAAAAUCCGACACUACAAAAUAGAAGACAGAGGAAAUUUAAGGAACAUCCACAGUGCCGCAGAGUGGACAAAGUCCUUUGAAAAGUACCUGAAAGAUGUGAAUUGCCCCUUCUCCGUACAAGAGCGGCAAGAAGUGAUUGAUUGGCUGCUGGGAUUGGCUGUGAGGCUCGAGUACGGCGACAACGCUGACAAAUAUAAGGAUGCCGCGCCCGAGGGCGCCAAGAACGAGGACAACGCGGCCAAAAAUGCAGAACCCCUGAUCAACCUAGACGUGAAUAAUCCCGACUUCAAAGCCGGCGUGAUGGCUCUGGCGAACCUCCUCCAGAUCCAGCGCCACGACGACUACUUGGUGAUGCUCAAGGCAAUUCGCAUCUUGGUCCAAGAGCGCCUGACGCAGGACGCCGUCGCCAAGGCGAGUCAGUCGAAAGAGGGUUUGCCUGUCGCCUUGGACAAGCACAUUCUUGGCUUUGACACAGGAGACGCCGUUCUCAACGAAGCCGCUCAGAUCCUCCGGCUCCUGCACAUAGAAGAGCUCCGCGAGCUGCAGACGAAGAUCAACGAAGCCAUCGUCGCCGUGCAGGCGAUUAUCGCCGAUCCAAAAACUGACCACAGACUGGGCAAAGUGGGGAGAUGAACCCCCAGAAGGCUUCCUGUUGUCAUGUUCUCAGCCGUGUGGGUGGGAGGACCCCCCCUGAACCUAGCAUGCAAUUCGUAAUGGAUAUGGCUCCCAUGUUUGGAAACCAGAGGGGGGGAGGCUGCCCACAAUUCCAC